CGGGCGCGGCAGGUGGAGCGGGAGCCCGGGCGGCACCGCGUCGCCAUUACACAAUAGCGCGGGCGGCGCGGGCGGGCGGCGGGCGGCGCAGGAGGCGGGACGCGGGGCCCCGGAGCUGUCGAUCGGGGACAAAGCGCGGCCGCCCGGCGCCCCCCGAGCCGCCCGAGCCGGGGCGCAGCCCGCGCCCCCCGCGACUGACAUGAUGUUUCCGCAAAGCCGGCACUCGGGCUCCUCCCACCUCCCCCAGCAGCUCAAGUUCACCACCUCCGACUCCUGUGACCGCAUCAAAGAUGAGUUCCAGCUGCUACAGGCGCAGUAUCACAGCCUGAAGCUGGAGUGUGACAAGCUGGCCAGCGAGAAGUCAGAGAUGCAAAGGCAUUACGUCAUGUACUAUGAGAUGUCUUACGGAUUGAACAUCGAGAUGCACAAACAGGCUGAAAUUGUGAAGAGGCUGAAUGGGAUCUGUGCCCAGGUUCUGCCCUAUUUGUCACAGGAGCAUCAGCAGCAGGUCCUGGGAGCCAUCGAGAGAGCCAAGCAGGUCACAGCUCCUGAGCUGAACUCCAUCAUCCGACAGCUCCAGGCUCACCAGCUGUCCCAGCUGCAGGCGCUGGCCCUGCCCCUGACACCGCUGCCCGUCGGGCUCCAGCCGCCAUCCCUCCCUGCGGUCAGCGCAGGCACAGGCCUGCUGUCACUCUCUGCUCUGGGCUCUCAGACCCACCUCUCCAAGGAGGACAAGAACGGACACGAUGGAGACACCCACCAGGAGGAUGACGGAGAGAAGUCGGAUUAGCUCUUGGGGAGUGGGGAGGGGAGAACACCAGGGGAGACAGGCACUGAGUGUGCAGUGUUCUGAGGGCUACACAGCACACAGCUCGGUCACUACCCAAGCUUCCACCUCCAGUCCUGGUUCUGGCUGUGCACCCUGGGCCUAGGGGACGCCAGAGGGACACCCCAAGGCUACAGGGUUCUCCCCCACCUUCAACAUUUCCCUGGGCCACAGCCACCAAUCUCGGCCCAGAAUGUACACAAUGCUAGCUGCCCGUUUCCACCCUGUGCCCCCUGAAUCUGCCCCUGUCCCCUUCUCUGCUUCCUGCACUGCACACCUGCUAGUCCCAGACCCCUCCCCCCAGCUCACCCAGCUCCGGUUCCCUCAAACACAAAAGAAGGGGACAGAGAGAAAGCAUUGGCUCGGGACUACAGUGGGGGUGGGCACCCCACAAACUUCCCUCUCCCCUUCCCCAAAUAAACGUGAGGGUUAAAAGUUGGUUUGUUUAUGAUUUCUUUUUCGUCCCAGUAUUCUAUGGCUAUCAUCUAAGAGAGGAAAAGAAGGAUGACCCAGGAGUGUCUGUGCAUAGAGUUAGCUUUGCUGGUCGCCUUGGCUCUGCCGAGAGGUGGAGAGCCGCUGUACUGAGGAUGGGGUCUAGCUGUGCCUUCAAAAUAAAAACAUGAAAAGGUUG